CAGUUUUCAGCACAGGCACUGCAUUUCUCUGUUCAUGUGAGGAUACAGAUGUUCAUGUUCCUAAUGAUAUUUUUUCUUUAGGUUUUCCCUUGGUCACAAGGGCUUAAUGUUUCACAUAAUUGCAAAUGUAAUGAUGUGUUGAGUGUGUUAACGUGUUUAUUCAUACUGAAGCAGUAUCAUAUCUUUGUUUAUUAAUCUGUUUCAUUGCAUUCCCAAACGAAUUGUGGCACUUUCCACGAAUAGGGUACAAUUCCUAUAGUAAGUUUAAUAAAAGUAAAGUUUAAUAAAUACAUAAAUUAUACUUUUUCAACAAUCUUUAGAUGGUCUUUUUAUUAGCUGUCUUAUUUUGUAUUCGUUUUUUCUCUGGGGUUUGGCAGUUCUUAAUGUUUAAACUCAACAUGAAAUGAAGACUCAUUUUCUAGUCGAAUGUUCUAGAUUUCAUUGUAUUUUUUUAAGCCUCGUAAUGUUAAAGCUGAAUGUCAUAACUGGAUCCUCCAGUGAAAACUGACUUCUCUCUGGUGACGUCUGCAUUUUUUGAUAAGUUCUUACACUGCAAUAUAGGCUACGUCACAAGUAGGCCUACAGAAAAAGUUGCAACUUGAGUGACUUUCUGUUGCUAAUUUUAAAUAUCUGUUUUUUCUGUCCUUUUUGAAAUGUUCAUCAAUGUUUAAUUGACAAAAAUAUUCAAUCAAAAAGACUAUCAUUACAUAUAAAUAGUUUUUAAUUACUUCAAAUAAAAUGCACUGAUAUCAGAUCAACUGAUUACUAUAAUCACUAAGGUUUAUCUAUUUAUGAAUAUACAUUUAUUAUGGCACGCCUUUGAUGUGUUCAGUUUAUGUUAGAUCAUAGUUUACCAAAAUAUCUAGGUAUCUUAAAACCAAUAAAAGGCAUAUGUGGCGCAAUCAUUUGGGUCAUUAAGAAAAUCCAUAUUCGUGAAAUGUGCCACAUACACUGAAAGUAAAAUGAAUCUGUUGCAAACAAUUUAUUUGUGUUGAAUUUAAACAAAUGAAAUGUAACGAUAUCCAACUUAAUUUGUUUGUUUAAAUUCAGCCAAAUUUCCCAGUGUUGGGUUGCGGCUGGAAGGGCAUCCACUGCGUAAAACACAUUCUGGACAAGUUAGCGGUUCAUUUCGCUGUGGUGACCCCUGAUUAAUAAUGGGACUAAGCUGAAAAGAAAGUGAAUGAAUGAAUAUUCAAGCCCAAAUAAAUUGUUUACAACCAUUUAACGUUAAAAACAAUAGUAAAUCCAAGAAUUCAUCUUUGAAUCAUCUUUUCAGUGUGUUACAUAUCAUCUUAAAUUACUCGAAACAAAUUAUACAGGCAUAAUUAUAGCUGUCUUCUUUUAUUUAUUAUAAUUAUUCUAGCCACAAACAAGUUCUUAUGUAAAUGCUGUAUAUGAGACACCUCCAUUUUUGUAAAGAUAUCAAAUUUAAACGAGGAAUAUUCAAGAAUAAAUAAGCAAACGACCAACAUCAUUAUAUGGGAAAAUAUCAGUAUUUAUUUUUAAGCUUUUGGCGCCACCUUUAUUAGAUUAAUACGCACAUACGUCAUCGUGGAAUGUCAGCAGACACGCCCAUUACUUCCAUCUUAGCCAUGUGGCUAUGACCACAAACGACUGCGCGUCCGAUUCGUUUGUUUAUGCCUUCUAACUAAUACUGUGCAUGUUCAGACCGCGAGCAAAAUGUCCGAGUCCGUGUCCCGGUUUCAGGCAGAAGUGGCGGCCGUUCUGGAGGUGCUGCUGAAGGUGGCCGUGGUGGAGAUAACGAAAGUUUUCGAAGGACGCUCUGUGGAUUCCCAUGGCUGCACGGUCGACGGAGGAGCUCGGGGCAAAGAGGAACUGGAUUGCGUCCCUGACAUCAAGGCUCAUAUGAAAAGUGCAUUGAAUAACCUCUCGGAGAAGAUGGUUUGCAGCGUCGGCGUGCAAGUAGGAGAAACGCUGCUGACCCUUCGACAGGAUGAAUGUGUGUCCGCUGAGAGGAUCAGCAGUGAUCUGCAGGAAUCCAAAAGAGAGGAGGGGCUUUCCCCAUCUGAAAGUCUCUGCAAGGAGCCUCCAGAAGCAGUGGAUUUACAAUGCAUGGUUGACCUUCCAUGCACAAUCCUCAAAGAAACCGGGAUUGGUGUAGGGAGAGGAAACCUAAUUUGUGACGCACCGUGGACAGAUGAUCUAAAAAAAACAGAGACAAUUCAGGAAAAAGGUCUUCAAGGACUUUCUCUUGAGGAACCGUCUGCACACUCUAUAAUGGGUGAUCCUGAUUCUCAUCCGUUCAGCUCUGUUUUAGACAGCAUUCCCAGUGCUGACCUUUCCACUGACACUAUGAGCCACUGGGACCUUGGCCUUAUGGAUGUCAAUGCUUUGCCAUCACUUGAAAAAUCUGAAGCUCCUCAAACCAGCGAAACAGCAGCAGAGGACACUGAGCUCAGCCAGGCCUCGGCCAGCAGUGCCAUGAUUGGAAAGAAGGUGCGUUUCCAGCUCAGCCAAACACCUUUCGACUGCAAACUUUUAAGGCCUUGUUCUGUGCAACUCGUGAACCUUCUGAUGGUGUCCAGCGCGCCCAAGGCAAACGGUUCCAGCAAAAAAUGCUUCUCCGCACCCAAAGAUCUACGGACGCAUCAGCGGGUCCAUACGGGACGCCGACUGUGCUGCUUUAAAGAGUGCGGAAACGGCAUCUGGCGCCUGCAGGGCGUCCUCUCUCACGGGCAUCCUCACGCAUGCAAGAUCUGCGGCAAGAAGUUCAAACGCAAAAAGAUGCUCAAGCGACACGAGCGUUUCCACACAGGAGAAAAGCCGUAUUCGUGCAGGAGGUGUAAAAAGACGUUUGCCCUGCGGAAGAGUCUUCGAAGGCACGAACGUUUUCACACCGGAGAAAGACCCCACAUUUGCCCCCACUGCAGGAAAGCUUUCCGCCUCAAGAACAAUCUGAAGACUCAUCUGCUCUUCCACACCGGUGAAAAGCCCUACAUUUGCAACCUCUGCUCCAAGGGUUUCAGGAUCCGCAAGAAUCUGGAGAAGCACAGACUCCUUCACUCUGCGCCGGUUAACUUUCGAACUCUUCAGUAGCAGAAGGAUCAUGUGAUCACAUUUCUACCUCGCAUCAGAACCACUGGAUCCGCUCCGUAAAAUAAUAGCACAGAGUUUCAAGCACUGGCAAUCAGGUGACUCAAUUAGUGUGUGUUUCCACUUUUUGUCUUCGGGAGUGUUUGUAAAGAAACUGCUAGUUGUGUACUAGUUGUUGAGUUGUUCAUGUCUUUUGAAGAAUUGUUUCAUGUCACUAAGCAUAAAGUAUCCAGGGCAUUAAACAGCCCGUCCUGACUUGACUGAUUUUUGCUUGAUGUAAAUAUUCAGAAUCGUAGCUCUAGAAUGCUUUUUAAACUUUACAACUUUUGUAAUCUGGACCUUUUAACAUGUCUGUCUGGCUUCUUUCAAGAUGAUAUACAUGUUGUUGAACACUGGAGAUUGUCAAUAUUUGAAGCCGUUUGUACUUUAAAGAGAUUCUUAACAUGGACUUUUUGAGCACGUUUUGUUCGUAUCUCAAGAGAAAAGUGCUUUUAGUAACUCUUUGCAAACAUUAGAUGCUCAUUAUUAUUAUUAUAGCUUUUCCAUGCCUUUUCUAACUGUUGUUUCUGUGUUUGGACCAAGCAUCUUUUUUAAUCUCAAGUUUUCAAAGAUAAUUUGUUCUAUCCUUUGUGUUUCAUAAAAUCCAUCUAUGCCUCCUCAAUUACAUGCUUUUAGUUUGAUAUAAAAAAAAAAACCCGUAGUGACAGAGUUGUGGAUUUAAAGCAUGUGAGUUUAUAAAGAAAAAGCAUUUAUUAUAUACUUCCUGUUUUGCCAUUCCACAUAACCAUUUUAAAAAGUUCUUUUUUUCCUAAUAAACAAGUAACCUUA